UGUGAUGGCCAUCUUGAGCACUUAGCACAAAUGUCUGAUUAUUUACAUUUUUGACUGUCUAUCAGACAGGCACAUAGCAAUACAUUUUUUUUUACUUAACCUCUGUCAUGGCCUUAUCUCUUAUUAAUUUGGUUCCUCCCUCGUUCCCUCUCUCUUUUCUUUUCGGUGUUACUGCAUUGUUAGCAUUUUAGCUUGACCUCAGUUUGGCUUCAGAGUCGAACCCUUUGAUCUGUCAUGACAUGGGUGAGCUCAUAUGCACAUACACUUCUGUUCAUAUGUGUGUGUGGUGUGUGGGUGGGUGUGUGUGUGUGAGCGCAUUUGUCUAGGUGUGUGCAUGCUCGGUGCACAUAAAGUCUAAAGUCUGUGGUUGUCGUCGACAGGAAGUAGGGGAGGUGCGACAGGAAGCAGAGAGAUAGAGACCAAAUACAGAAGACUGAGGAGAGGGAGAAGGAGGACAGAUAGACAAACGCGUCGAAGAGACAGGCAAAGAGAGAUUGGAGGGCCUGGCAAGCAAGUGACCCUGAGGAAUGGGAGAGUAAGACGACAAAGAGAAGACUGGGAGAGAAAGGGGGCAGGAAAGGAAGAUAGAGAAAAAGAAGAGAGGACAGAUAAGAAAGAUGGAGAGAAGAGAGCGAAAGAAAGUUAGAAAUGUGUACCAUCAUGCUCUCACAGUAACACAGUAAGGUCCACUGUACAACAAGCAACUGAAGAUGGAGAAAGACACCAGAGUUCUCUUCAAGCACUGAACACAUACACACACACACACACACACACACACACACACACACACCACAUCUCAGAGAUGGACAAGCACUCACACAUUCCCUGGGAGGAAGACUGCUACAUUGAUCUACAGUCGACAAGUCAAAAAGCUGGACCACAGAAAGAGAAAGAAGUUAGUUGGCUGCAGAAGCACCAGUUGGCUCUGGAAUGUUUGGUGUGUGGUGCUGUCUUGGAGGGUGUGGUCUCUCACGUGAAAAAGGCGGGGCUUCUAACUGCCAGUGAGACCGGACUGGUUCAGAAGGCGGGGUCUCUGCCAGACAAGUGGCACACAUUGGUGGAACUGCUGUCAAACAGGGAUCCUGAGGGUUCUGGACUCAAGACUUUCCUUGUCACCUCCUUCCCAAUGGAGUACCAGCUCAUCUGUCAAUAUGACACAGUUUUGCAGCAGCAGAGGAAUAUAUUGCUGCAGCGCUUCAGAGAGGAACCAGAAAUCCCCUCCCACAAAAGUGUCAAUCAAAACUUUCAGACACCAGACUCCGCCUCUCCCCUCUCCCUUCUGUUGAUAGAGGGUGUGUCUGACCUUCAGCAGCGAGAGCACGAUUUCAUGCAGCUGUCAGUCACCCGAGGGGCGGGCCCUCUACAUGGACGACCUCUAGGAUUGGACAAACUUCUUCUUCCUCUGACACGUACCAGUCCUGCCCCCAGGGUCUGUCUGACUGUGGGCGUGGCCGGAAGUGGGAAGAGCCGAUUGGUCAGCCGCUUUGUACGUCUUUGGAGUCUAGGACAGAUCCACCGAGAGAUCAGCCUGGUGCUUCCCGUUGCAUGCUGGGAGUUAGGGUGCUGCGAGCGUCUGUCUGCUGAUAGGUUGAUGCGGAUGCUCCUACCACAAAAGGCGGAGUGUGUGACAGUGACGGCAGCCUAUAAGACGCUGCUGGUGAUUGACGGACUGGAAGAGCUGAGAUCGCCAUUGGACUUUGCUGAAGCCCCGCCCACCUCUGACCCAAAACGAGAGGUGCCAGUUGCCGACCUCAUCACGAACAUUGUCCGGGGUAACCUGUUGCCAGGGGCGAUGCUCUGGUUGCUAUGUCGACCAGGCGUGGGCGCCCGCGUUCCGGCCGGGCUGGUGGAUCGAGUCACAGAGAUCCCUCCGCUCACACACGCGCAGAUCCGUCAGCACCUGCACACAUACCCACUCACUCAAGGCGCCGAACAGAUCAUCUGGGCCCACCUCACUUCCCAGAAGCCCUUGCUGGUGCUGUGCUCCGUUCCGGCCAUGUGUGGCGUCAUCAUGGACACUCUGCUCCACGCACUAGAGGCGGGGCUAGAGGAUAGGCUCCUCCCGCAGACCCUCACCGAGAUUUACGUUCACUACUGUUGGCCCCUCCACCAGGAGGCAGAGUGGUCACGGAGCAGUGCACGCAAACAGCUGGGAACUCUGGGUAAACUGGCCUUCUAUAGCCUCCUGCGCGGGCGCUACACACACACCGAGAGCGAAGCGCGCGCCUACGGUCUGGACCUGCCCCCACCGCCGGCGAGUCUGGGAUACCACGUGCUCCGCCGCGAGGUGAGUGUGUGUGGCGGCAGCGCGUGUGUGUGGCGCUUCACGAACCUCUCCCUGCAGGAGUUCCUGGCAGCCGUGUUCUACUACUCGUCCGCGCGGCGCGGCAUGUUUGACCUCUUCUCCGAGAGCAGCGUCAGCUGGCCGCGGAUCGGCUUCCUCAGCCACUACCGCGCGGCGCUCCAGCGCGCCGACCAAUCGCACGCUGCCGCGCAGAAGAGCGACCAGUCGCACGCCAGCGUCACCAACCUCCAGAUCUUCCUGCGCUUCCUCACCGGCCUGUUGUCCCCGGCAACCGCGGAGCUCGUGGCUGGGGCGCUGGGGGUGAGCCGGGACGAGCACGCCACCCACCGCGUCGCCGCGGCAACCACCCUGCAGACAGCAGUGGGCGGGAUCCGGAGCGGGGCGGUAAACACGCGCUGCGUCUCAUUGGUCGCCUGCCUGGCGGAGAUGCGUCAGAUGGAGAUGCUGCGCUCGGUGGAGGAGGAUCUGAUUGGCUGCGGGCUGAAGGGGAAGCUGAGUGUGUCUGCCUGCACUUUGCUGGCCUACCUGUUGCAGGUGUCGGCCGUCUGCGCAGAAGACACCAACCUCAGCGGAUGCCUGGACCAUGGGGUGCUCAAGAGGCUGCUGCCACAGCUGCUCUACUGCAGCAGACUACGGUUGGAAAGUAAUGAGUUUAAAGAUGAUGCCAUGGAGCUUCUUGGAAGUUUACUGAGUGCCAAAGACUGCCACAUACAGAGCCUGAGUUUGGCGGACAAUUUGGUCCACAAUAAGGGAGCCAAACCGCUGAGUCGAGCACUCCUGGUCAACCGAACCCUCACCACACUCGAUCUCCGUGGCAACACCAUCGGUCCUAAGGGAGCGAAGUCCUUAGCGGAAGCACUGAAAAUGAACCAGGCUCUGGUAUCAUUGAAUCUCCAGAAUAACCACAUUGAGGAUGAGGGGGCACGCGCGCUGGCUGAGCUGCUGCAGACGAACCGCAAACUCAGCUCCCUGAAUCUUCAAAAGAAUAAUCUCAGCGCAGAUGGUGUCAAACGUAUCGCAGAAUCUCUGAAGAAGAAUCAGACUUUACAGGAGCUCAACAUGUCUGGGAAUCAGCUUGGAGAUGUUGGUGCAGUAGCUUUGGCACAGGCACUAAAGAUCAACCACACACUGAGAUCUCUCAGACUUCAAAGUAGUUCAGUGAGUGAUAAAGGUGUGGCUGCCAUCACUCAGGCACUCUGCUCCAACCAUGGUCUCAUCACCCUCAUUCUUCGUGAGAACUCGGUGGGAGUGGAGGGAGCCAAAGCCAUUGCCAAAGCUUUACAGAAGAACCACACUCUCCAAGAACUGGAUCUUACAGCCAACCUUCUUCAUGAUGAAGGCGUGACAGCAAUAGGGAAAGCUGUGAAGGUCAACCGAGCACUGACUACCUUGCAUUUACAGUGGAACUUCAUGAAGGUUAACGCGGCCCGGGCUUUGGCUGAGUCUCUUCACACCAACACACACCUACAGCUGCUGGAUUUGCAGGAAAAUGCACUUGGAGAUGAUGGUGUAAUUUCUCUGGCCACUGCACUGAAGACUAACUCCUCACUAUCUGUGCUAUAUCUCCAGGGUGUAUCUAUGGGCAAAGCAGGUGCUGUGGCAUUGGCUGAAGCUCUCAUGGUCAACAAAUCCCUACACACUCUUGAUCUCCGUGGCAACUCUAUCGGAAUGGCCGGCGCGAAAGCCUUGUCUAGCGCAUUGAAGACCAACAGAAGCCUGAGACGGCUGAAUCUGCAGGAAAACUCACUUGGAAUGGAUGGAGCCAUUUUCAUUGCCACAGCGCUGAAAGGAAAUCAUCAGCUUACUUACAUAAAUUUGCAGGGAAAUGGCAUCGGUGAGUCGGGGGCUAAGGUUGUCUCGGAGCACAUCAGAGCCGAGGCUGCGGAGUGUGUGGUUGACAUCUGAUGUCAAAGACUCUCAGCUGUGUGUGUGUGUGUCUAUUUUUUCUACGUAUUUAUUUUUUAUAUUGUAAAUAACCAUGACCAGAGUUAUUUUUUAAUCUACAAUAAUUGUAUCUAAAAUUAAAAUACACGCUUGAAUCAUU